AUGUCGACAUAUACCGAAUUAGCAAGCAUUGUUAACAGCACUGACAGCACUAGUGAGGAGGUUAUUUACGAGGCAUCGCGCAUUCAGCCUAAUGUUGUCUCAAACGAAACUGUUCUCAAAAUUAUCCACGCAUUGAAAGACACUAUAGUAGUCGCAUUAGUAUCUGGAUUUAGCAAAACCAGCUACCUUGUCCAGGAUCAUGUGAAGUAUAUCAAGCGAAUCCAGACGGCAAGGUCUCCUGUAUCAUACGUGAAAUUUGUGGCCAGAAAACUCUUUCCAGAUAAUGUGGCAUAUACUGCUAAGAUAGCAAAAAUCCAUGAAUCAUACAAGAAUAAACAAGCUCUCCUAAAUAAGCUUAAGGCCCUCUUCGAAUUGUAUUAUAAUAAUGCGACUAAGGACUCAUCAACCGGUUCCCCAAAGUGA